CGAGUCCAGCGCACGGAGGUGAACAUGUCUUCAAGAUACUCGGCCAACCAGUAUGAAAAUGCCUUCAAGUCCCAGAGGCUUCAGAACUGGUGCCAGCCAAAGCAAAGAGGGAAAGAGAGACCUUCAGCCAAACUGGGACACACGAGCUUCAUAGUGGACGACCGAGGACAUCUGCUCCCAGGGAGAAAGCAGAGGGACAGUUCUUGGCCGGACUUUAAGGGCACGUGGGACCUUCCGUCUCGGAUCCCUGCCCCCGGCUUCUGCCCCACAGCGCGCUCCCAGCAGGGCCUGGAGCGCCUCACAGCAUGGGGCUUCAUCACUGACACCGCACAGACACCAGGGGGCACCAGACGCACAGAGGGCCGCACAGAGGAGGAGGAGGAGGAGGGCAGGAGGAGCAGAGAGCAGCCGCAGCAGGAGAAAGUAGAGGCUGUGCAGUUGGAGAACACUAAACAAACCAAGACAACAGACCCAGACCCAAGACCCUCCAGUGCAGCAGAGAGAGAGGGGACUCCAACCCAAAAGCUCCUCGCUACAGGGCCACGCUCUGCCGUCAACACGCCGCACGCUCAACCUGCACACCACGUGAACAUGUGCGAAUAA